AAAGUCGUAAAGAUGAUGGAGAAUGAUUACGCAGUGAAGGUGGCCAAGUAUCCACCAAAUCUUGGAUCUGAUUAUCCUGAAGACGAAUUUGGACCCGGAGCAAAAAUGCUACGAGGACCGGGACAGAAAUCCUCGGAUCCUUUCCAAUUCGUCGCCGUCAACAAAGGCGGCGACGAAAUGGCUGAAUCUGCGAAAAGCACACUACAAAUGGCUCAACAACAGAAAGCUCAACGAGAAAAAAUGUUACAAGGACAGAAACAGACGCUAAAGUUCGACGACUGUGAACCGUGGCAAGAAAAUUUGGAUACUUGGCGGAAGAAGAGAAAGGAAAAAUUUGGAGAUCGAGCCACAUCGGAUACUACUGUACCGGAGACUACAAUUCACCGAAGAAGCGAGGAAUACACUUCAUAUCAACCUAGAAAGUCAAAAGAAGAAAUCCUCCAAGUGAAUUCGGCGUCUCGACCAGCACUGCCACGUCAGCAUUCAGCUUCUACAGUAUCUCCGUUGCAAAGUUCUAGUGACGAGCUGAACAACGAUUCUGGAAUUGACAACAGAACAGUGGGAUCACCAUCCACUUCAGAAUUCUCACCGAGAAGCACAGACCUCUUCGUUUCACCUAAAAGUAUAAUUGACGAAGAGCCUCCACAUCAUCCUCCACCACCACCGCCAGUUGAGGAGAAACUCGAUCAGGUGCUCAUUCCUCUGAAAUUAUCUCGUGGUCAAGACUACGCUCCAAUUUAUCGAAGCCUUGAACAAGACACUUAUUAUGAUCAAAGCCCAUCUGAAAGUGAGAAGGACGAGGAUUUAGGUUUAACUAACACAAAACGUUACACGGAAAACUUUCGAUCAGUCGAAAAAAAUCAAUACAUGCCUGUAAUGUCGGCUCGUGUGGAAGCGACAUUCAAGCAGCCACCACCACGGGAAGGUGUCAAACCAUUUGUUUCACGAGCUGCUCAAGAUAUCACUCACAAUGGGGAAUCGAAAGUUGAAAAUAUCGAUUUGACGAUAGAAUUGAACAGAGAGCAGAAAGCAACUGUGACAGCGACAAAGUAUCCAAGAACUGAUUUUAUUAUGGAGGACUAUCACCGCCCACAAACCCAAAUUCUCGCUCCUGCACCUAAAAAACCCAACUCAACCACUCGAAUCUAUCAUGCUGUGGAUAUUCCAUUUGAUGAAUCUCCAGCCAGUUACUAUCCAAAACAAAAUAAUGGUUAUCAACGUCAACGUAGAUACAGUGCUAGUUCAGCUUCAAAACAAGAUGGAAUGUUCACUUUGAAUGUUAUUAUGGGCUCACAGCCAGUGCACAAGGGUAUGGGGUUCAGCACUGUAAAACGAGAUGAACGAGUCAUUGUGGAAAGUGUUAUUGUUGGAUCUCCAGCUGAUAAAGCUGGGCUUCUGGUCGGUGACACAAUUCUUUCAAUAAACGGCGAAGAAAUGUCUGAUAAAUAUCAGUCAGGUGUUACUAGAAUUCUUCACGAAGCCGCCCGAGUUGGAGAGGCUGAUGUGCUCAUAUUGAGAGCUCCUGUUCCAGCUCCGAUGCUUUCAAAGCAAAUGUCGACAUCUUCAUCGAAUUCGAGUAAUUAUGAUAAGGCUCGUUCAGUAUUCACUGAGAACAAAUCGUUCGAUUCUUAUGCUGAAUUCAAACGGAAACACACUCGAACUUCUCGUGAUUCAAACUCCUCAAACGCCACAAGAUCUUCUCGUGAUUUCAAUAGUUUGCCACGUGGCACCACAGCUCAGUCAUCACUGGAUCGCAAAAGAGACACUUCGUUGUCGAGCUACCGAACCGCAAAAGAUAAUUUCAACUCAUCCUCGAACAGAAGCAGUGGAAGAAGUGAAUAUGGAGAUUACAGAGUUUCAAAUUAUCAAGAGAAGAAUGCUCCUGGACGAUUAACUGACUUUGUUCCCGAAGUCGAUCGACGUCUCAGCAGAAGAGAACAGUCAGAAGAGAUUUAUUCAAGAAGUCAGAGAGAUGAAGAACCACGAACAAUCAGAAACUAUCAUUUGAGCAAUGAAAAUAUUGCUCGUACGAAUCUCAACUACGACGGUCGGCGUGAUUCGGAAGAAGAGUCUACAACUACUACUCUGAAACGGACUACUUUGCCAAGAAGCGGCACUGCGCAGUGGAAGAACGAAUAUUCUGAUGGAGAAGAGGUUACUGAGAAGCUGCCGGUGACCUCACGAGACUCGUCACCAUUGAGAAGUGCUCUCAAAAAAUCGUCACACAACUAUUACCAUCAGUCAUCCGAUCCCGUCGCACCACCACCACGACGAUACUAUUCCACAGAAUCCCUUCAACUUCCCAAAACAUCGUCUUAUCAGAGAUAUUCUGAAGAAGAGGACGAAGAAAUUGAGGAAACAUAUUCCUCAAUGCGACGUCAUAGACAAGAAAUACCACGUCAUGUUGACGAAUUUCAUACAGUCGGAUCUUACGGGGUCAUGCCUCAAAGAUCCAGAAGUCAGCAACCAGCUAGACUUCCAAGAUAUGAUUCCGUACCGGAUGACGUGGAUGAAGUCAGUGGAGUCAGUCAUCGAUUUUACGAUCGUUCUGGAAAUCAUGUAAGAGCUCCGCGGGAGCGAAUUCAUGAUAUUCAGAUUCAACGAGAUUACGGUGAUCGAGCUCCUUCACGUGACCUGGAUUUUGUUAGAAACACGUACAAAUGGGAAGAGCAACUAGAGGAUACGAAAGUGACAACGACGACGAAAAUUUAUGAGAAGGAAUCCCGUGAUUGGCGUGAUGUCAUCAACCAGCAACGUCAAGCUGCGCCUGGAAACUCGGCCGAUCGUCGUGGUAUUGCAGCUACGUCAUCGUCGUUGAGUAACCUACCCUCAUAUAUAAAUCGUCGCAUGGAAAAAGAGCGGGAGAGAGAGAUUGAGUAUAGGAGAGACCGAGAAUACAGUAUGCCACCAGCUGAUCCUCCGGUCAUCACUGAAAAGUACGAACGUGAUGAAUACAGUCGAGUCGAGGAAAGGACAUACCCGGUACCAGUUGCCAGAAAUAAAAUGAGAAGAGAAGAGACCCAGAUGCAAUCAUCACUACAACAAAUGCAUAGUCAAAGUUCUCAAAAAGACGAUUCUGUGGUAGCCGUUAGUGGAAAGCAUCGGUGUGCUCAUUGUAACGAGGAACUUGGACGUGGUGCUGCAAUGAUCGUCGAAAGCCUCAAUCUAUUCUAUCAUCUUGCAUGUUUCAAAUGUUACGUCUGCAAAACUUCACUUGGUAGUGGAGCCACUGGAGCCGAUGUUCGUGUUCGAGAUGGACGCCUCCACUGUCAAACCUGUUACAGUAAUGAUCGUGUGCAAUUGAGCAAAGUCUAA